CCGGGGGAAUCCCCCGUGGAGCAGCCCGACAGCUACCUGUCCAUUGAGGAGUGCAUGGACGAGGAGAUGUUCUACAUGGCACCCGGCUGCUCCGACACCGAGGAGCCCAGCGGGGACACUGACUCCGAUGACAUGUUCCUCAGUGCCCACGAUGAGCUCAGCCCGCUGGCAGCCGACCCUGAGACCCCCGCCAACAGCACGGCCCUGGGGGAACGCGGGGCUGAGCUGCAGGAUGGGUCCCCACCGCCAGAGCCACGUCCUGCACAGGGGGUGGCUCCGGGUGAUGGGGGGCACUUGGAGGACCCUCGUGGGGACGCAGCGGAGGAGGGGGGACAGAUCCCAGCAAAAGAGGAAGGGGGUGGAGGUGACAGGGAAGGGAACAACGGAUGGAGCAGAACUGAGCUGGGGCUUGAGGAUGGAGCAGCAGAAGCAGUGCUGGCUCCAGGUGGGGGAGAGGAGGUGGAUGGAGCACCAAAGCAGAGUGAGGAGGGGGACUCCCAACUCCCUUUAGAGGGGUCUCCAGUGCCAGAAGGACCCCUCCAGGAGCCCACGGAGACCCCACUCCCUCAGGAGUCUGUCCCUAACGUUCUCCCAACCCCAAUGGCUGCCCCUGAGGUUCCCCCAACCCCAAUGGCUGCCCCUGAGGAACCUCCAACCCCAGCGGCCACCACAGAGGCCACAGACCCCCCACCAGAGGCGGUCACCCCCACUCCCCAAGGGGCAGCAGCCCCUGACCCUUCUCCCACCCCUUCCCCCCCCCCCAGCCCCCGGGCCACCCCCCCCCCGGGGCCGUCCUGCGCCGCGAUGGCAGCGCCCCG